AUGGGCCUUUCGCAAUUUCCGACAGCGUCAGAAGGAGUACUGCCACUUCUGGUGAUGAACACGGUUGUUUCAGUCACUCUGUUGAAGAACAUGGUGAUGUCUGUUUUUCAAAUCGUGGGAUAUGAUGCUGAAACAUCCAUGGAGAGAGAGGAAAACGAGCCUGAAGAGGAUUUCGUGAGGAGAAGAAGAAGAAGAAUCUCAGUCACUCAGUUCAAGUCUCUGUGUGAGAACAGAGGAGAAGAAGAGAAAGGUGUGGAGUGUUGUGUGUGUCUUUGUGGGUUUAAAGAGGAAGAGGAAGUCAGCGAAUUGGUUUCUUGCAAGCAUUUUUUCCACAGAGCUUGUCUAGACAACUGGUUUGGUAACAAUCACAAGACCUGUCCUCUUUGCAGGUCCAUUCUCUAG